ACUGUUUCUGUGAAGAAAGCAUGUAUACAAGUUAGUCAAAUUAUUGUGUUAUUUACAUCCUAAAAAUGAAAACUUCAUUUUCGGAUUUUUCAGAUUGGCAUCCUACUAAUUUGACCCUUAGUGAUGAGACUUGUCAGAGAUCCAAGAAUCUGAAAGUUGAUGAUAAAUGUCCAUCUGUAUCACCAUCAAUGCCUGAAAAUCAGUCAGCAACCAAAGAACUGGGACAGAUGAACUUAACAGAACGAGAAAAGAUGGACACUGGAGUUGUACUUCUCUCAGGGAAUGAUACUCUCCAUGACCUGUGCCAAUCACAGCUACCAGAAAACAAAGAGAGCAAAGAAGAACAAGACUCGGAGCUGACAUCAGAGGAAGAGCAAGAAAGACUUAAAGGGUGCGAAAAUAAGCAGCCACAGAAAACGUCUCAAGAACCAGAAAUGGCUAAGGAUUGUGAUAGAGAGGAUAUACCUAUAUAUCCAGUACUUCCUCAUGUGCAAAAAUCUGAGGAAAUGUGGAUUGAACAAGGCAAAUUAGAGUGGAAAAACCAAUUAAAACUCAUCAUAAAUGAGUUAAAGCAGAGGUUUGGUGAAAUUUACGAAAAAUACAAAAUUCCGGCUUGUCCUGAGGAAGAGCCACUACUUGAUAACUCUACAAGAGGAACAGAUGUAAAGGAUAUUCCCUUUAAUUUGACAAAUAACAUACCUGGUUGUGAGGAAGAAGAUGCAUCUGAAAUAUCUGUCUCAGUGGUAUUCGAGACAUUUCCUGAACAAAAAGAACCCAGUCUCAAAAAUAUCAUCCAUCCAUACUAUCAUCCGUACUCUGGGUCCCAGGAACAUGUUUGCCAGUCAUCUUCUAAGCUUCAUUUACAUGAAAAUAAAUUAGACUGCGACAAUGAUAACAAACCAGGCAUUGGACAUAUUUUUAGUACAGAUAAGAACUUUCAUAAUGAUGCAAGCACUAAGAAAGCAAGGAACCCAGAAGUGGUUACGGUUGAAAUGAAAGAAGACCAAGAGUUUGAUUUGCAAAUGACAAAAAAUAUGAACCAAAAUAGUGACAGUGGCAGUACAAAUAACUAUAAAAGCCUGAAACCUAAAUUAGAAAAUCUGAGUUCUUUACCACCAGAUUCUGACAGAACAUCAGAAGUAUAUCUACAUGAAGAAUUACAGCAAGACAUGCAAAAGUUUAAGAAUGAGGUCAACACAUUAGAAGAAGAGUUCCUGGCUUUGAAGAAAGAAGAUGUUCAACUUCAUAAAGAGGUUGAAGAAGAAAUGGAGAAGCACAGAAGUAAUAGCACAGAAUUAUCAGGAACCCUAACUGAUGGUACUACUGUUGGCAAUGAUGAUGAUGGACUAAAUCAGCAGAUUCCUAGGAAGGAAAAUGGAGAGCAUGACAGGUAAGCCUAUAGCAGCUUUUAACAGGAGACAAUUGGUCAAGCGUGGUGGCUCAUGCCUGUAAUCCAGCAAUUUGGGAGGCCAAGGCGGGUGAAUCACCUGAGGUCAGGAGUUCAAGACCAGCCUGACCAACAUGGAUAAACCCCAUCUCUACUAAAAAUACAAAAUUAGCCAGGUGUAGUGGUGCAUGCCUGUAAUCCCAGUUACUCAGGAGGCUGAGGCAAGAGAAUCAUUUGAACCUGGGAGGCGGGGGUUGUGGUGAGCUGUGAUCAUGCCAUUGCACUCGAGCCUGGGCAACAAGAGUAAAACUCCAUUUCAAAAAAAAAAGCAAAAACAUAAACAAAAACAAAAAACAGGAGACAAUUAUGUGCUAUGAAAUGAAUCCUAAUUUGGGCUAAUAUUCAUGCUGAACAGAUUUUAUACUUUUACUAGGAUAUUCAGCCUUCCUUGGUUAUCAGAAAAAUGCAAACUAACAAUGAGACACCAUGUUUUCCAAUCAUAUUGAUAUUUUAUUUAAAAAAUCGGAAGUAUUGGCAAAUGUGAAGAAAAAGGCGUUUUCAUACACUUGUUAAAUGAAAUUGAUGAAUCCUUUUUGUAGGGUAAUUUAGUAGCAUGUAUCAAAAUUUCAAAUAUGUCACUUCUUUAACCUAACAACUUCACUUUUGGGACAAGAUCCUACAGGAAAAUAUGACUUGUGUAAACACAUACACAUAUGUGUUAAGGACAUUUAUUACAUGUAGUAUGUAACAUACAAUAGGCUAAUAGGUUAGAUAUAUAUAAUGUUAAGUAUAUAUGAUAUAUUUAUGUUAAGGAUAUUUAUAUACGUUGCAUAUAUACUUAUGUAUAAGGAUAUUUAUUAUAGCAUUGUAAUAUCAAGAAGUUGGAGAUAGUCUAAAUCCUUAGCAAUAAGGAAAUAGUACAAUUGUCAUACCCAGAAAAUAAUGUAGCAUGCACUCAGUUUAAUAAAAGAAGUUGUUAGACCAGGAGUGUACUGAUUAUUUCACAAUUAAAGUCUAUUUAAAGCCUUUAGUUUGAUGACACAUCUUAAGCCAGUUUUGUUGGAAUUCUCAUAAUAUCUGCUGAGUUACAAAAGGAAGCUAGCUACAUGCUACAUUGACACUGUACCUUGUUAGCAACAGAAUUCUAGUUAUUAAAUUUUUGUUUUUUCCUGUCAAUGUGUGAGUGCUGAAAUACCAGAUCCUCAAAUUAAUCUGAAUAUUGCCAAGGGAUUUCACAUGGGGAUUCAUGUUCUGUGUCAGCUUUUCAAUAUACUGGGUAAAACUUACUAAAAUACAACAGAGGAUCUUAGCUCUACUGAACCAAGAAUUGGACAGCUGUUUUUGUAAAGAGCCAGUUAGUAAAUAUUUUAGGCCUUGUGAAUUAUAAAGGGCAUAAGCGUGGCUGCAUUUCAAGGAAAUUUCCUUAUGAAAACAGGCAGUGGGCUGGAUUUGCUCCACAAGCACCGAUUUGUUGAUCCUUGUGCUAAAACCAAGGUGCUGUUAUGCAGUGAAUCCUCUUUUUAAAGGUACCCUACAUGCAUGCCAUUAUCCUUUCUUUUAAAAGAUAAUGCAUUUCAGUAGGAAACACACCAUAUUUUUCAACAGUAGCUUCAUAUAAUUUAGACAAAUUUGAUUUACAAAAUAAGAUUAUUUUCUGCACUUGUCCCCUUUUAUUCAUGUUAUAGAAUUCCAUAUUUUGACUAUUACUUUGUAUAUUUGAUGAGUAUAAAAUAUUCUAGAGUUAGAUGAUUUUUAUCAAGCAAGAAAUACUUCUCCUGAAACUUUUAGUCUUCCUUGGUCUUUAUGUAUAAGCAUGAGCAAAAUGAUAAUCAGCUUAUAUAAUCUAGAAAUGUUCAAGAGGUCUUUUGGUUUUAUAAGUUAAUGAAUUUUUAUUUAAUACCUUCAUCUGCAUUUCAAAAAUGCCAUAUAGGUAUGAUUUUAAAAAACUUUUAAAGGGUAAAAAUAUAGUAUAUAGUUAUAUAAGAAUUGAAAAAUACAGCUAAACAAGAAGAAAAUUAGAUCAUCUACAGUCAUGCCCCUAGGUAUGCUGACCUUGAAAGAAUGGUAUAUACUCAUGGAUUCAGAUUUCUUGUCCAUUCACUCUUGAGCUGAUACCAGUAAUUUUCACUCCCACCACUCUUCCAAGAUUGUUGUUCUCAAGUUUACCAUUGAUUUGUAAAUCUAGACAUUGUUUCUUAGACCUCAUUUUAUUUAACCUGUCAGCAAUAUUGGACCCAAUGGAAAACUCUCUCCUCCAUAACAGUGUCUUCACUUGGCUUUCAGGAUCUCACUCACUCACCUGGCUUUUCUUCCUGCCUUUCCAGUCCAUCUGUCAUAGUCUGUUUUGCUUUCUUCUCAUAUCCCACCUUUUACACAUUGAUAUGUCCCAGGACUGAUAUGUCCCAGGACUCAGUCCUCAAUCUUCUUUCUCAUGACUUUUACUACUUUGUGUGUGCUAAUGAUUUCCAAAUGCGUGUCUCCAGCCUAGAUCUCUCUCCUUAAUUCCAGACUUCUAUACCAACCUGCCUACUUGACAUCUCUGUUUGAUUGGUCAUGAACUGUUGGGUAUCACAAACUUACCAGGUCCAAGAUUGGGGUACCGAUAUUCUUUCUCAUACCUACCCCUCACAUGGUCUUUCCUACUUGCAUUAAUGGCAACUCUUGCAGUUGCUCUGCUAGAAACUAAGGUGUCGUCAUUGACUCCCCUCUCUCUCUGACACCUCACAUCUAAUCUGUCAGCAGAUCUUGUCAGGAGUACCUGAAGAAUAUAUCCAGAAGCCAGUCAUAUCUUCCAUUUCCAAGCCACCACCAUCUGCUCUCUAGAUGCAUGUAAUAGACUGUUAAUUGGUCUGUUUUUUUUUAAAGAAACCUCUUUUCAUUAAUCCUUAACUCAGUGGCCAUACUUAAAACAUAAGUCAGAUGAUGUCAUUCUUCUGCUCAGAUCCAUCUGAUUGCCUCCCAUUUCACUCUGAGUAUGUGUCAGGGUUCCUCCUCAUACCUAGAAGGCAACACACAAUAUGCCCUGUUCUCUCUCUCACUUAAACUUCUGUUUCUUAUUCCCUUUGCUGUGCUUCAGCUACACUAAACUUCUUGCUCUUCGUUAUCUAUCACAGUUGCUUAAACACCCCAGGCACACCUCUGUACUGGGCAGUUCCCUGUGUCUGGGAUGCCUUUUCCUCAGAUAGCCUCCUGGCUUUCUUUUUCCAUUCCUUCAGUUCUUUACUUAAAAGCCCCUUUCUCAGUAAGGACUUUUCUGGCCAUCCUAGAAUUCCCACUAUCCCUCCUCUCAAACCUGUAAACAUUUCAUUUUCCUGCUUUAGUUUUUCUCCUUUAACACUGUAUAUUUUGCCUAAUCUAUCUAUGGUUAUUGUGUUUAUUUCACUCCCAUGAGUAGGAUGUUUGUGUGCCUAGAAAAGGGCCUAGCUUGCAAUAAGUAGCUACUCAAUAAAUAUUUAUUAAAUGAGCAACUGAAGUUUACCCUUUGGUGUAUUGUUUUAAACAUUAGAUUGAUUCUCAGGUAAAAAAAAAAAAAAAGAAAAAGAAA